GACGGGAACGGGACAGUUGCUUUCUUCAUUGAAUAAUCUAAAUAAUUAAUACGAAGUGGUGUUUUGUGGUUAAUGAUCGCAUUAAGUUAGUCGGAAGACAUUCGCGAGUGUUAUUAUAUUGGAGUAUUCAAUAAACAAAGUGUAUCUGCCUAUUUUCGCUUCGUGUCAGGAAGCCGCUUCAUAACUCAAAAGUUUAUGCGGACUUUUGAGUUAAUUCGUUUGGGGUUCGGAGUAGGAGUCUACUCCGUGGGUGGGGGCUUAGGUUUCAUCAUCAUCACCUUUCAUCAUUUCAUUAAUCAUCAAGAAAAAAAUACGUCAGACAUGGCUGUAUGGGCAUAGUUCCCUUUGCCUUACCCUUCGGGGAAAACCAAAACAAAAAAAAAAAAAAAAUAUAUUCAUGUCUUCAUCACAACUUCAUCACGUUUCCCACCACGGUUAUUUGUAAUUUAUCAAAAAUACAUUCUAAAAGUAAAUUAUAUCAUGGGAGAUAUACUCAAAGAUAGUCGUUUUACAAAAUACCUAAAUGAUCCAAAAUAUAGACAAAUACCUAAGCAUGAGCGUAAAGUUAAAAUCGACAAACGCUUCCAGUCAAUGUUUAGUGAUGAGAAAUUUAAAGUGAAAUACACUGUUGAUAAGCGAGGAAGACCCGUGAAUGAGACUUCCACAGAGAAUCUUAGGAAGUAUUACGAUAUUGAUGAAUCUGAGAGUUCAAGUACGGACGAUGAAGAGGGUGAGGAAGAGAAAACUAAAACAAGUUCUCAACCGGAGCAAGAAGCAGAACCUGGACGUUUCGUUAGACGACCAGAAGACGAUAACACGCAGGACGAAGUAGAAAAGCCAACCAAAUUCAAAAACGACAAGUUGGUUCGUGGAAAAUUGGAUUAUAAAACAAAAGAGCGACUGUUAGACCUAGAUAUAGAUUACGCUCGUGGAGAAGGGAUUUUGAUGACAGAUAGUUCAUCAGAGGAAAGCAGCGAAGAAGAGGAGGAAAGUGAAUUAGAGCAUGAGUGGGGUGAGUUGGAUGCUGAUGCUGAGACCACUGAAGAAUCUACAAGAAGAAUAGCAAUCUGUCACUUGGACUGGGAUAACAUAAAGGCAACAGAUAUAAUGGUGUUGCUCAAUUCUUUUCUUCCUCCUGGUGGUGUCAUACAGAGUGUUACGAUAUAUCCAUCGGAGUAUGGUUUGAAAAGAAUGCAAGAGGAAGAGGUACGUGGGCCAAUAGAGUUAACUGAAAAAAAAGUUGAAGAUUCUGAUAACGAAGGCAAUGAGGAAGGUUCUGCUUAUCAUAUGGAAAAACUACGCCGUUACCAACUUAACAGACUGAAGUAUUACUAUGCAGUUGUAGAAUGUGACUCUGUAACAACAGCCGACAAACUGUAUAGUGAAUGUGAUGGCAUGGAAUAUGAAAGUAGUGCUACCAAAAUCGACAUGAGAUUUAUCCCUGAUGAUGUCACUUUUGAUCAGGAACCACGUGAGACUUGCAAUAAGUUGCCGGACCUGAGAAAGUACAAGCCGCGGCUGUUCACGACGACGGCCCUGCAGCAAGCAAAGGUGGAAUUAACGUGGGACGCCACCAACCCUAACCGUACCGAGGUCAUCAAGAGCGCUCUUGACGGAAAAAUCGAUGAUCUUGACCUCAAAGACUAUCUGGCGUCGAGCAGCGAAGAUGAAGAUGACUAUGCAGAUAAGGCUGACAGCGCGUCGCAAUCUGACAACGACAAUGACGAUCCAAUCUCAAAAUACAAAGCGUUGUUAGAGGACAUUGAAAAGAAAGAUGAGAAGACACAAAAUAAGGACAUGGAACUUGAAAUCACUUGGGGAAUCGGUGUCAAAGACAAGGCAGAAGAAUUGGUGAAGAAGAAAAUUAAUAAUGAUGACAAAAACCUAACACCAUUUGAAAAGUUGCUAAAGAAGAAAAAAGAAAAGAAGAAGCAAAAGAAAUUGAAGAAUAAGCAAAAAGAAAAUGACAAUGAAGAGUCUGGAUCAGAUGAAGGUUCAGAAGAUGAAAUACCUUCAGACAUUGAUAUGAAUGACCCUUACUUUGCAGAGGAAUUUAAUAAAACGGAAUUCAAGAAAUCAAGUAAUAAAAAGAAACAAGAUAAUAAAAACACAAGUGAUGUUGAUAGUGAGGAUGAAAAGAGGAAAGCUGAACUAGAGUUACUACUAGAUGAAGAUGAUGGAAAAGCGCAUUUUAGCCUUAAGAAAAUCCAAGAGGGAGAAAGUGAAUCGAAGAAAUCUAAAAGGAAAAGGAAACUGAAAGCAAAAAUGAUGGAACAAAGGCAGGCUCUUCCAGACUUUGAAAUUAAUGUAAAUGAUGAAAGAUUUUCUGCACUUUAUGAUUCACAUCAUUACAAUAUAGAUCCAUCUGAUCCUAACUUUAAGAAAACGAAAAAUAUGGAAAAGUUGAUCAAGGAAAAGUUAAAACGAAGGCCAUCCGACACACCAGUCCAGAAUCAAGUCCAAUCUAAAAAAUCUAAAGAAGAAGCAGAACUUAGCCUAUUAGUGAAAAAUAUAAAGCGAAAAAUUAAAGAUGUUAUAAAGAAAUAAAUAAGUAUAGCUUCA